CCAAUUUAGAGAACAUCACUCUCCUUCUCCCUCUCCCUGCGAGCACUACCAGCAUCUCUACAUACAUACGGGAUACGGCUGAGCUCGAUCUCCUCUCUGUCGAGAGAAUUGCUGGGCGUGGCCGAGAGAGAGAGAGAGAGAGAGAGAGCUCAAGGAGGAGGGAACUGGGGGGCGGCGGAAGGGAAGGGAGGAUGGGGAUGCGGCCUGGGUGGGUGGGGGGCCUGGUGGAGGAGACCUUCUUCGUGGCGUGCUCGGCGCACGAGAGCCGCAAGAAGAACGAGAAGAACAUCUUCUGCCUCGCCUGCCGCACCAGCAUCUGCCCGCACUGCGCCCCCGCCCACCGCCACCACCCGCUCAUCCAGGUGCGGAGGUACGUGUACAACGACGUGGUGCGCCUGGACGAUCUUGAGAAGCUCAUCGACUGCUCCUUUGUUCAGCCCUACACCAUCAACAGUGCAAAAGUGAUCUUUCUCAAGCCUAGGCCUCAGUCCAGGCCCUUCAAGGGCUCCGGCAACGUCUGCUUGACCUGCGACAGGAUUCUUCAGGAGCCUUUCCACUUCUGCUGCCUCUCUUGCAAGGUGGAUCAUGUCAUGAUGCAGGGCGGCGACCUGUCCAACAUCCUCUACAUGUCGGGCGAGCCCGACGUGGCCUGCUUCCCGAGGUUCGAGAACCUCCGCGUCGGCAGCGGGUCGGCGGACCUCCUGGACGACGGGUGCGCCACCGGCGGGCAGAUCACCCCGAACUCCAUCCUCGAGGACCCGAUGCACCACUACGGCGGCGGCAGCAGCCGGAACGCGCGCGGCUUCGACGCGCCAGCCAGCGUCGACGUCGACGUCCCCGUCCCCGUCCCGAGGAAGAAAAAAUCAGGGGGCUUCUUCCCCCAGAUCGUCAUGUCCCUCAACAACAGGAGGAAGGGGGCGCCCCACAGGUCUCCGUUCGCCUGAUCAACGCAUGCAUGGAUCGUGCGUGCGUGGAUCGCUACCUAGUACAGUUCGAGCAUCCCCCCUAUAUAUGUGUGUUGAUUACUAUUAGCUAGUACUAUUAGUAGUACGUUAAUUGUAAUCCUAUGAUUAGCCAUGUAGAGAGAGAAACAGAGAGGUGUUGGUUGGUGGGUGGGUGAGAGAGGGAGAGGGAGAGGGAGAGGGAGAUGGUCUUUGCUGCUAGGGCCAUCAUCUUAGGGCAGUGUUUUGAGGAGACUUGAGAGAGAGAGAGAGAGAGAGAGAGAGAGAGAGAGAGAGAGCAGAGAGAGAGAGCAGAGAGAAGAAGCUAAUUAGCCUGCUUGCAACUCCCCCCUGUUACAGGACCAGGUGGGCACGCACACGGCCUGGUGGGGCGCCCGAUUCAGGGUGUGCCAGAAGGUCUACGUGGCCACGAAUUUUGUACUUGAUGUAACGGGGUCACGGUUGCUCGCACACAUGCAGGUGCAGCUUACACUUCCAUGACCAUAUAUAUUUGUCCCCACAUAUAUGUAACAAUCAAUAAUAGUGCUGUGUUGUGAA